ACGUGUUGCUGACGGUUCUGUGGCACAAACGUCGAAGGAUGGUUGGCGCACUCUGCAACCGUGUGAAUUACUGAUCGGUUUAUCUCUAGCAAUAUCCCAACCGGUCCUUUGUCGGAAGGAAAAAGAUACAUGGUUUCCUGGGCACGUCUCCUCCGUUUCCUAUCAGUCGCAUUUACCGCAAGGUCCUGAGUCGGCCGUAUAUCAUGUGACUCUGGACGCCGCACCCGGUAGUGAAUCUGAAGUCUGUCGGGCCACCCCGGCUUCCGUGGCAUUAGCUGUCUCUGCUUCUGAACUGAAGCAGAAAUAUCCUGUUGGUGCACGCGUAGUCUCCAUUUAUCGUGAUGAUGAUGGAGGCAUUGGAUACUACUCCGGAUUAAUAGCCGAACCGCCAAGCGAACGUAACAACCAUCGAUAUCUACUGUUCUUUGAUGAUGGCUAUACACAGUAUUCACCACCUAAUGAAAUCUAUCGUAUUUGUCACCAAUCAAAGGAAAAUUGGAAAGAAGCUACUGAAGGGUCUCAAGGAUUUAUAAAACGUUAUCUAGCACAAUAUCCUCAGCGCCCCAUGGUUCGUUUGAAACCUGGCCAGUCAAUCGAGACGGAACUAGAUGGCGAAUGGAUUCACACAACCGUCGAAAAGGUAGAUGCUAGUCUCGUACUGAUCCGGUUCUCCGAUACACAUCGGGAGUGGAUCUAUCGAGGUUCCACUAGAUUGGAACCGCUUUUUAACGAUAUGAACACCUCUUCUAGUUCUACCCCGGCAAGUCGUGUUCAAGGUGUCGAAGUGGAAUAUGGGAACAUUGAACGAUCUCUCACGGAUCAAUCUUCUAUCGCUGAUCUGCGGGGUGCACGCAAAUCAGCGACCGGAAACAGAGACCCUAAAACCGUUUCUCGUUCGCAAACUCAAUCCGGAUUGGAUACACGCACUGGCACACGAAGACAACCCGCUUCUGUGAAUCUAGCCGAAUUGGAGUCAGCUGGAAAAGUAGUUCCCUAUUUGGAUUCAUUGUUUGCCGAACUGGAGCAUAAACCAUUCGGUAAGUGA